CCACAUGUUGAGCAGCUCGGGUAUUUUUUAGAGGGAAGGUUUCUCUUUUUUUUGGUGUUUGAGGAUAUCAGGCUGCUCUGGUUGAAAUGUCUGAUUUUAUAACGGAUACUUCACUGUGUGUUUGGCUAAUGGGAUCCUGUCUGCUCCUCUGAAUUUUUUUUUUCUUUUUGGUUCAUCAUUAACUCCUGAGUGUGAGCUCCCUUUUUCCAUCUCUAUGAUUCAUUGACAUGGCUCUCAUAGGAAAUGUCCCCCCUCCCUUUCCACUGUUUUAUAUCUCCUUUGUAAAGUAAACCAGCCACCUCGUUGUCAAGGUAAUAUUGAACGAGUGGUUUUGGUGGGACAUACCAGGAAGGAGUAACAGUGUUUUUUGUGUUUUUUUGUAGAACUAAUCAAAAGCUUUUAUUUUAGUUUGUCACAAGAACAAACUGAUGUAGCUAAAAGCUGUAAAUCCUGAACAUUUCUGUUGAGAGGGUGCAGAGGUCACUGCUUAAAGUCAGGGUGGUGUUUAAAUGGUCAUGUGACUGCAGCUAAAUUGCUCCACUCUGUCAUGGAAAUUACACAGCAGACACUUUGUGGACCCCUCUCACAGUUAUGAGGAAGUUCCUGUCCUCUUGUGGAAUUGCAACUAGUAUUGCUGAUACAGCUAAACAGCAGUGGCAGUUAAAGUUCAGUUCUUCAGUUUAUACUAGUGAUCCAAACUCUGAGGUGACACUAACGCCUCUAAUUGGUGGUGAUUAGGAACCGUUAAGUGGUGUCAUUGUGUUUGAGUUCACAGGUAUAGGCAGGAAAUGGUACAAAGAAUUGAUGUUCACUAACUGGUGUUACUUACUAGGGGUGUAAUGAUACAUUGAUCUGGACCAGUAUAUCGAUUCAAUGACCAAAGAGCCAUUAUUCUAUAUGCCUUUAUUUUGAAAUUCUCAUGGCACAUUUGUCACCACUUGCAUCCCAAGCUUAGCACCAAGCAGACUAGGGAAGGAGCCAAGAAAAAGACAAUGAGGAUAUUUACUGAUAUCGUCACAGAUCGGUUGCAGGCCCCUCAGCUGAAUCGAACCGUGAUAUAUAUGGACUUAAUUUGAUUAUUUUCACAAGCAAUAUGAACCAAGUUACCCAUGUCCUUUGUACCUCUGACUACGGAUGCAAAAAUCAUCCUUUGUAAAUUCAGACAUAGUCCAAAAGUUAAAUUCCCACAUUUCUACUUCAAAUAUGAAACCUGAGGCGCUAUAAAAACAUGUUGCUCCAUAAGUGAAAUAUUUGAGUUCAAUACAUCUUAGACUACACCCGUAUUGGAAAUUCCUUUUACUCCCUGAUAUCACAACCAGCAUUGGCCCCAAAAAUCCAACAUUGGUCAGGCUCUAAUAUCAGAACAUAUUAAAGAAUCGAUAUAAUAUCGUAUCGUGAUGAAACUUGUGUUUUACACCCCUAAUAUUGAGUUGUUCUUUUUAAAAUGGUCUUUGCCACUUGAUGAAAAGUUUUUUUGUGGUUUCAUUGAGCUGGAACGGUCGGGGCUUCAUUUUCAAUUUUCUGAAAACUUCUAUCUUCAUCAGGGCCUUAGGAUACAGAAAUAUUGUUUCCUUUUUCUUGUUAGUGUUAAUGAUCAUAAGACUGUCCUCCUGACUCACACAAUCAGUUUUAUUAUUGGUCAGUAUUCUCUAAAGAUCCCUUUCCAGUGACUCACGUGUUGCAUGUUCAUACAGUAGUUUGAACAUGAACUGAGAGAUUUAAUAAGUUGUAUACAAAGAGCAAAUUCUACAUAUUGUAAUAUUGUCUACAACAUAAUUUGAUCUGUUUUCUAAUGUAUAAAAACUUACACUAAACUAUUAAAAUAUAAAGAAUCACCAACACAAUGAAGGGAGAAUUGUGGCUUCAGGAAUUCCUUUUUAAAUAUCAGAUGUAAACAGAUCAUCUCAUCUGUUUAUCAUCUCAGAUUAAAGCCUUGUGAUGUGGUCAAACUGCCUCAACACAACUCAGAGUCACUGUGUUACAGGAACUAAGACGUCACCACUUACCUGAACAGAUGGUCAUCUUCUCCGUUUAACUGUUCAGCAUUUUUCCUCAGAACAAGACAGACUGCACACAACAGACAUGAUGGUACUGUUGAAAUGUGAGGCGCCUGGCCAAAUGCCUCACCAUCGGUUUAAACACAACCACAGCUUUUUGUAUGUAUCUGAUCUGCUAUACAGCACACCAUCAUGGGCACAUUAUGUGAUAACGGCUGCAUAGAUGUUAGAAAUUGGUCUGGAAUGCUGAACCCAAUCACCUGUAAGCCUGAACAAGAAGAUCUACUAGAAAGAUACUGUGCUGUUGACAUUGCUUUGUGGUUAACAAUUGAAAAUCCCUGAGGUGAGCAAGCUGCAGGGGGUAUCUACACAGGGAAGAAGAAUGUCCAGGUUGUGAGAUAUUAUCUGUUUACACUGUCGAUGCGUGCUGCUCACAAUCCGUUUUAACUUCGACACAAUGAAUGCACAAAAUAAGCAGAUCAAGGGCUGUUAUGUUUUCAUUUGAACUGUGCAAAAAGGGGCUACAGCUGGAGGUCUUUAGAUGUUAUAUUUGCCAUUCUGAAUCCCGAACUUGACAGUACCAAUUUGAUACCAUUGCAUUUAAAAAUGAAUAACAGCUACUGCUAACCCUGAAACUAGGGUUUUGAAUACUGUACAUGUUGCCUUACUGGUGGGACUUUCCAGUGUAAAUUAUUGCCCUUAUCGCUGACAUUUUGCUACCAGCUAAUGUUAAACUAAACUGCAAAUCAGUUCUUUUUCAUGACUCUAAAACAGUAGCUGCAAAUGGCUACACAGGGCAGCUUGCUGCAUGGGCUAAGAAAAAUUAAUUGCCAUGAAAACAUUAGUGCUUAGACUAGUGUUCCUGUAUUUUAGGCAGUAUCGGAGGCAUUUCCAGUACUGGUAUCGGAACAACUCAAGCUGCAGCAGCAAUUUUAGAUUUUUUGCAUUCAGUGUAAGUUAGUUCCUGCAGAUGUAAGAAAUGUGUUUUACAUGCAUUGCCUUGAAGUUUUCAGUUGCUCACUUGCACACUAAAACAGGCUUGAAAACAAGUGUGCACAUGUACAAAUUCCACCGUCUGUUAUCCCGUGAUAACAUACAAGCUUAAACAUACAUCUUUAAAUUUAUACCCAGCUCAUUGUUGGCAAAAUGCAUAGCUGUAGAUCAAAUGUCUUUGCACUGUAUUCUUUCUCUCUGUUUGCCUGAGCAGCACCUUUGUGAGCUCCCUGCCCUUCAUUGCACAGCAUGAAAUUAUUAGCUGUUAAUUAUAUUGGCUUAAGGCGGGCUGCUCUUUAGGCCUUGGGCAGUGAAAACUCAGAGCUUUGUAGAUUGUACAACAAUGGCGUGGUGAGAGAGGAGACCGCACCCUGUGUGUCCUCUACUUUGUGAAUAUGCUUUACAGUUUACACUUGAUAUGAUAAGCCUUUGUCAACAGAGAAUUACGCAGCUCUGAAAACCAUAGCAACAUUCAUGUGUGCACAUAUAUGUAGUUUAACUGAUAGAUUCUGUUUACAGUGGCAGUUUUCCAAUAAGUGCAGUUGCCACAUAAGAAGAAGUAACGCUUGUUAGUUUAAGGAACUCGAAUAUCAGCAUAAGCGUUUUGCAUGUUGUAUUAUUAGUUCAGUGAUCAGGAACUCUGCCUUGUUGACUCCCAGUUGGGUUCAUUUAAGGAGAGCAGUUUGGGUGUUGUGUCUUAACUUCUGGCACGAGUCCUGCACACAAGCAGCCAGUAGAGUGCCGCCUUACUGUGGGAUGAGGGAUGCCCUCCCAGUUCCCUGUAGCACCUCCUCUCUGAUAUCAGGCCAUGUCUCAUGAGCUGUUUGAGCAAAGCAUCCUGGGAUUUUUGUUGGGAGGGCUUGUUUGGUGAGAGAUGAGCUGCGCUGUCCUGGUAAUUGCAUUUCAAUCCCGCUGAAUCAGGAAAUGUCUCCGAAUGCUCCUCCUUAAAAGCAUUCAUUGGCCACGCGUGAUCGCCAGGAAAACCCAAGCAAUGAAUAAGACAUGUGAUUUUUAUUUGUCGGUAUUUAUGUAAUCCAUUCUUGAUGGACAGUACUGUUGAGUGUUGUUCUUUUAAAGUAUCACAUCCAAAAGGACUACAUCUGGAUUCAGAAGACAUGUUCAAGAUGUGCAACCUUCAAAAGUGGCAAAAAAUAAAAAAUACUUGGGUCACAAUACAAGGCGGCAAACAUGCUUCGAGAGAUCCAGGAGAUUGGCUCACACGCCAUGGAUAUCUACGACUACCUCUUGGCGGGAAUUGAUCCGCGGCUGAAGGGAUAUCCACUGAUGCAGAGUCCUAUUCCCAUGUCCGCAAUACUGCUGAGUUACCUGUUCUUUGUACUGUACCUGGGACCUCGCUUAAUGGCCAAUCGCAAGCCCUUCCAGCUCAAGGAAGCCAUGAUAGUCUACAACUUCACACUAGUGGUGCUCUCGAUAUACAUCGUCUAUGAAUUCCUGAUGUCUGGUUGGCUCACAUCAUAUACCUGGCGAUGCGACGCAGUUGAUACGUCCGACAGUCCUGAAGCACUUCGAAUGGUCCGAGUGGCCUGGCUGUUCUGGUUCUCCAAGAUUAUUGAGCUCAUGGACACACUGUUCUUCGUGUUGAGGAAAAAGCACGGCCAGGUCACCUUCCUACACAUCUUCCACCACUCCUUCAUGCCCUGGACCUGGUGGUGGGGAGUUGGCUAUGCUCCUGGUGGAAUGGGAUCUUUCCAUGCCAUGGUGAAUUCUACCGUCCACGUCAUCAUGUAUUUCUACUAUGGCCUUGCUGCUGCUGGACCACGCUUCCAGAAGUUUUUGUGGUGGAAGAAAUACAUGACUGCCAUUCAGCUGACCCAGUUUGUCUUGGUAUCUCUCCAUGCUACCCAGUAUUACUUCAUGGACAGCUGCGACUACCAGUUCCCCAUGAUCCUCCACCUCAUCUGGAUGUACGGAACCUUCUUCUUCGUGCUCUUCUCCAACUUCUGGAUCCAGGCUUAUGUGAAGGGUAAACGGUUGCCCAAACAGGACGUUAAGCAGUGUCAGAACGGCACAGCUGUCUACACCAACGGCAAACACUACGAGAACGGCAUCAACCACGGAGCCACCAACGGCACCAGCAAUGGCUCAGCUCGCCACGAGAACGGCAGCGCUCACAUGAACAAGAUGAAGAAGGCCUAGGAUCUCUGGAAGGAAACACCCAAGAAGUAUGACCCAGAAAACCUGUUAAAAGUAUGGUUUCCAAAGAUAGUUUUGGCUGUGUUUCUUUUCCUGUUUUUAGUUGUGUAUGCAACAAAUGGGGAAAUGAUGUUGUCAAUGAUCUCCACAGUUGGGGUCCCACAUAUGGUUGGUUGUUUUGUUUGUUUUUUUAUUUGGAACACCAUUUAUGGAACAAAAUGUAUGAAGAGAAGAUGUUUUGACCUAAAUGUUAUCUUCACUGAUGUUGCAACAACCACCCAGUUCAGUAUGACACUGGUGGCCUUUCACCCCACUUGCCUUCACUACUUAUCUGACUCCCACGUUGUUCUGACCCCCCUGUGGACAGAUGACUGUACAGUUUCUAUCGAACUUGAAAAUACUUUUUGUAAAUAGUUUUACAGCAAACAAAAGAAUAACUAAUUGUAUUGGUAUGCUUUAGACUUUCUAAAUUUUGUUAUAUUGUGUAUUUAAAAUUAAAUGCCAAUAAAUUCAAUUUUAAAUUA